CAGGUUUAUGUUUUCCCAGUUUAGCUACUAGCUAAAAUCUACGAACAUGUUUUAAUGACCGUAGAAAAGCUGUUUUUUGUUUUUGAAAUGUUGGUGCAUGUUAUAGCAACCGCUUAAGAGCCACAGUGGAGUUUUGCCCGUAUUUGCCAGUGCCGUAUAAGGACAAUUAACAUUUAACGCUCUCCUAGCGGAGCACCAUGGGGAAGAGGUAUUACUGUGACUACUGUGACCGGUCCUUUCAGGACAACAUGCACAACAGGAAGAAACAUCUAAAUGGCGUUCAGCAUCACAGAGCGAAGAAGGCCUGGUUUGACCAAUUCAGAGAUUCUGCUGCUGUUCUCCAUGAUGAGCAAAUAAAGAAACCCUGCAGGAAGUUUCUCCAAAAAGGAAUAUGUGAUUUUGGCCCAAACUGCAGAUUUUCUCACAUGUCUGAAGAGGAUCUGUUCAACUUAAAAAGACACAUGGAAGAGGAAAGACAACACAAAGAGGACUCUGAGGACAGAAUUCUCUCUGGGCGAAGUAUAGAGGAAUGGCUCUUGAAAAGGGAAAAGAAGCGAGCAGCUCUGGGUAGCAAAGGAGACUCAAAAACCAAGGAGGACAAUGAGGAGGACGAAGCAGAAAGCGAUAUUCCUCAACAACUCUUCUCCAUCCCUAACCUCCCACCCUCACUGUUGCCUCCUCCUCCAGGUGGAUGGAGAGUCAGCGCAAGCAGCGAGUGGGGUUGAAGGACAUUCGUCCCAGGGCUCAAAUCCCAAAAACUGGAUACGUGAUGUCUUUAGAAGGACAUUUAUUUCAAAGAGAUUGUUUCACAUUUUUUUGUUUGAGCAUAUGCUCAUGUUUUCAGCUGCUAUAAGAAUCCUAAAUAUCUAACUUCAGAUUAAAGGAAAAGGUUUGAGCAAGAAUCCAGCAGACAUAUUUGGAAUCCACUGAAAUACAUCUGUUUGCUGAUAUUUACAUUGCUGUAAGCAAAAGCAAAAAAUAUUAGGAAUUUUGAGUUAUUGUGAAGACUAAUAAAAGAAGAAAAACAUUACAAAAUAUGUGUUGCUACUGAAAGGAACUGACUUCCUUCCACAGUUGAGAAACAGUCAUGUUAGGUUAACAGGUGACCUCAGAAAAGAUGGUUUAACAUGUUGGUACAGAAAGUAGAAAGGUUUGACAAACAGUCUGUCGCUCAUCUACUUUAACUUCUCAGUGGGUGUUGAGACAAACUUUCUAAACUUCUUGCAAAUUUCUAACCUUUUGUCAGCUGAAUUUGUAGAGUUAAUUUAAAUAGGCUGGUUUCCUGGCACAGCUCCAACUUAAAACCUGAACCAGAGACUCAGGGCUUUGGGUCGAUUAGUCCAGGAGCUUAAUAUUAACCAACUUGAUCUAUUAGAAACUCAUGUUUGGAUGAGCUUUUGGGAUUGCCUUGUUGGAACAUCUGGCUACGUCCAAGUUUGGUCAUCUAGCUGUUGAAGUGUUUUGUUUUUUCUUUCAUUGUUCCAUGUGUUGAAAGCAUCAUUAUCACGGCAUGAUGCUUCCACCACCAUACUUGGAAAUUGCUGUUAUUGCAGACAAAUAAUUCAGCCGUUUGCAAUUGGUUUCUUCUUUUGGGCAGCUGGAAAUUUCAGCCGUUUAUUUUGAAGCCAAUGGCGUUUUGUUUUCUUUUUGUGCCUUUUAAUUAACGAGAGUGUCAAAAUUGUUUCAAUGUGAGCAAUGACAUUGGUUAUAAAAACUUCAGAAUAGAUUUGGUCCUUUAUGGUUCCUCAGUUUUUCCAAGCACAUCUCAACCAAUUUUUUCUUCUAAGAUUGCCAAUUUGGUUCUCCUUCUGGUGAUGCCUCGUGUUUACCUAUGAUUUAUUGUUUGAACAGAUGAUCUUGAAAUAUGCAGUUGUUUAAAAAAAAACAACCUCCAAAAAACAUUGCCAGUUAUUUUUCAAUCUACAAUUCUUUCUAUGAGCGAAGCUAAUAACUGCAGUUUUAUGUAUUUUAAGGCUUUUCUGAUGGUUGUACUUGUUAUUUCAUGCAUCAGUGAUGGAUUAUUGGCCAAAAAUGGUUGAAUAUACAAUAUAUGCAGGAUUACACUGUUUUCUAACCCCA